GUGGAGGAGGCAAAGCGGGCUGAAGGGCAGAGCCAGCGAGCGAGGAGGAAGGCGGACGGGCGAGCGAGCGGAGCGCUGGAUGUGGCGGCCCCCGUGGCAAGAGGCGCAGAAGCGGCGGCGGCGGCGGCAGCAGCAGCAGCAGCAGCAGCGGCUCCCGUCCGGCUGGGAGAGCCUCUGCUGAGCGCCCUGGGUUAGCCAAGGAAGGAAGGAAGGAAAGAAAGAAAGGAAAAGAAAGAAGGAAGGAAGGAAGGCAAGAAAGAAGGAGCCGGGCGUGGAGCGAGCCCUUUGCAGCGGCGCGGGCGCGAUCCCAGGGCGAGGGGCAGCCGUGCGGAGCUUGCAAGGCAGGACCGGAGGAGGAGAAGGAGAAGGAGGCAGCCCCGCCGCUCCAGCAUCCCCGCCGCCGCCGAGAUGCGGCUGGGCAGAUUGCUCGUGACCGUCGCCUGGGGCUUCGCCGGGCUGCUGCUCGCCUCGCCUUCCCCGGGCGAUGGGAUCGCCGAGGGCAGCCUGAGAACCGCGGAGGGCGCCGCUGCCGCCGCCGCCUCCUCUUUCGCCUUCGCCGCUGCCAAGGAGACCAACAGCCGGGCCAGCAGAGCCAAGCGAAGAGGGCAAGCGGGAGGCGCCGCCGGGCACGACGCGCUGAAAGGACCUAACGUAUGUGGAUCACGUUACAAUGCAUAUUGCUGUCCUGGGUGGAAAACUUUACCUGGUGGAAAUCAAUGUAUUGUCCCGAUUUGCAGACAUUCCUGUGGAGAUGGAUUUUGCUCAAGGCCAAACAUGUGCACGUGUCCAAAUGGCCAGAUUUCUCCAUCCUGCGGCUCAAAAUCAGUGCAACACUGCAACAUCAGGUGCAUGAAUGGCGGGACGUGCAGUGAUGAUCAUUGCCUCUGUCAAAAGGGAUACACCGGAACACACUGUGGACAGCCUGUCUGUGAAAAUGGAUGUCUUAAUGGAGGAAGAUGUGUGGCCCCAAACAGAUGUGCUUGCACAUAUGGCUUCACGGGACCUCAGUGUGAAAGAGAUUACAGGACGGGGCCCUGCUUCACCUUGGUGACCAACCAGAUGUGCCAGGGGCAGCUCAGCGGGAUCGUGUGCACGAAAACCCUCUGCUGCGCAACGGUGGGCCGAGCAUGGGGUCACCCUUGUGAAAUGUGUCCAGCCCAGCCUAGUCCUUGCCGAAGGGGAUUCAUCCCAAACAUCCGAACAGGAGCUUGCCAAGAUGUGGAUGAAUGCCAAGCUAUCCCUGGGAUUUGUCAAGGAGGAAAUUGCAUUAAUACAGUUGGAUCUUUUGAGUGCAAAUGCCCAGCUGGACACAAGUUUAAUGAAGUGACACAGAAAUGUGAUGAUAUCGAUGAAUGCAGCACCAUUCUUGGCAUCUGCGAAGGGGGAGAAUGUUCUAACACUAUCAGCAGCUACUUUUGCAAAUGUCCCUCUGGAUAUGCCACAACCGCAGAUGGCACUGGCUGCAUUGACGUACGCCCGGGGUAUUGCUUUACUUCUCUCACCAACGGCCGUUGCAACAAUCAACUCCAGCAAGUGCUCACCAAAACCCAGUGCUGUUGUGACUCUGGACGAUGUUGGUCUCCGGGAGCUACCACUGCCCCAGAAAUGUGCCCCAUUCGUGCUACAGAUGAGUUCCGUAAAUUAUGUAUAUAUGGGAGUUUGCCAGCAGGGAGGCCGGACAGGCCCACUUUCCCAAGACCACCCAUUGGUUUUCCACCUGACAUCUUCCCACCGCCAGUGUUUCCACCAGAUGGGGUUCUGCCUUCUCGGAGACCUCCACCUGUUGCCUCAGUUAAUGUCACUCAAGCCAACUUAUGCCAGGUAUAUCAAAAUCUUUGUAUUAAUGGACGCUGCAUCCCAACCCCUGGAAGUUACCGCUGUGAAUGCAAGAAAGGGUUUGAAUUGGACCUUAGAGGCGAAUGCAUAGAUGUGGAUGAAUGUGAAAGGAAUCCAUGCGUUGGUGGUGACUGUGUGAAUACACAGGGUUCCUAUAUAUGCAAGUGUCGUGCUGGAUAUCAGAGUACCCUGAUGAGAACAGAAUGCCGAGAUAUCGACGAAUGUUUGCAGAACGGCCGGAUAUGUAACAACGGACGAUGCAUUAACACUGAUGGCAGCUUCCACUGUGUUUGCAAUGCUGGCUUUCACGUGUCAGCUGAUGGAAGGAACUGUGAAGAUAUGGAUGAAUGCAGCAUACGAAACAUGUGUCUGAAUGGGAUGUGCAUCAAUGAAGAUGGAAGUUUUAAGUGUAUUUGCAAGCCUGGUUUCCAGUUAGCAGCAGAUGGACGUUACUGCAGAGAUAUUGAUGAAUGUGAGACACCAGGAAUAUGCAUGAACGGACGCUGUGUCAACACCGACGGUUCUUUCAAAUGCGAAUGCUUCCCUGGUCUCGCAGUUGGGCUGGAUGGACGUGUGUGUGUCGAUACGCACAUGCGAAGCACAUGCUAUGGGGAAUACAGAAGGGGCCAGUGCGUUAAACCCUUAUUUGGUGCAGUCACAAAGUCCGAAUGCUGCUGUGCGAGCACAGAUUUUGCCUUUGGAGAGCCUUGCCAACCGUGUCCUGCGCAAAACUCAGAGGAAUAUGAAAGUCUUUGUCCCAGUGGACCAGGAAUUACAGCAUCAGGAAAUGAUAUCAAUGAAUGUGCAUUGGAUCCUGACAUAUGUCCCAAUGGAAAAUGUGAAAAUCUGCGUGGAACAUACAAAUGCGUAUGUAACAUUGGAUAUGAGGUGGAUUCAACUGGGAAAAUCUGUUUAGACAUUGAUGAAUGUGCCGUGAAUAGGUUGCUCUGUGACAACGGACAGUGCAGGAACACACCUGGGAGUUUCACGUGCACCUGUCCCAAGGGAUUUGUAUUCAAACCUGACCUACAAACAUGUGAAGAUAUCAACGAAUGCGAAUCCAGCCCCUGCAUUAACGGAGUGUGUAAAAAUACCCUGGGAUCUUUCGUCUGUGAAUGUUCUCCCGAAAGUAGUUUGGAUACCACAAAAACCAUCUGCAUUGAGACAGUCAAAGGCACCUGUUGGCAGACCAUCGUGAAUGGGAGGUGUGAAAUAAAUAUCAACGGGGCCACGUUGAAAUCCCAGUGCUGUUCCUCGCUGGGUGCUGCUUGGGGCAGUCCCUGUGUCCCGUGCGAGAAAGAUCCAAUAUGUUCAAGGGGAUAUUCAAGGAUAAGAGGAAAUCAGUGUGAAGAUGUCAAUGAGUGUCAAGUGUUUCCUGGGGUAUGUACCAAUGGCCAAUGCGUCAACACUUUGGGAUCCUUCAUAUGUCAGUGUCCCAAUGGAAUGAUUUUGGAUGCAACUGGACGAAGAUGUAUUGAUAUUCGCUUGGAGUCCUGCUAUUUGAAACACGAUGAUGAAGAUUGCACCUCACCCAUCGGAGGACGACACCGGCUGGAUGCUUGCUGUUGCUCUGUUGGGGCCGCCUGGGGACCGGACUGUGAUGAAUGUCCCAUAAGAUCCACCCCUGAGUAUGAAGCUCUCUGCCCAAGGGGACCGGGAUUUUCCACCAGGGGAGAGGUUAUAAAUGGGAAGCCUUUCUAUAAAGAUAUCAACGAAUGCAAAAUGAUUCCAAGAUUGUGCACCUAUGGAAAAUGUAGAAACACCAUUGGCAGCUUCCGGUGUAAAUGCGACAGUGGGUUUGCACUUGAUUCUGAUGAGAGGAACUGUACAGAUAUAGAUGAAUGUCGCAUUUCUCCUGAUCUUUGUGGCCAAGGAAUUUGCGUCAAUACUCCAGGAGACUUCCACUGUGAAUGCUUCGAGGGCUACGAAAGUGGAUUUAUGAUGAUGAAAAACUGUAUGGAUAUCGAUGAAUGCGAACGAAACCCCUUGUUGUGCAGAGGGGGCAUUUGCCACAAUACUGAAGGAAGCUACAAGUGUGAAUGUCCUCCCGGCCAUCAGUUGGAUACCAACAUUUCUGCCUGCACAGACAUCAACGAAUGUGACCUGAGUCUAAAUCUAUGCAGAAACGGACAUUGUGUCAACCUGAUAGGAAAAUAUCAAUGUGCUUGUAACCCUGGAUAUCAGUCUACACCGGACAGACUCUUUUGCGUUGAUAUUGAUGAAUGCAGCAUAAUGAAUGGCGGUUGUGACACGUACUGUACGAAUUCAGAAGGCAGCUAUGAAUGUAGCUGUAGACCCGGUUUUGCGCUAAUGCCAGAUCACAGAACUUGCACUGAUAUUGAUGAGUGUGAAAACAAUCCGAACAUCUGUGAUGGUGGCCAAUGCACUAACAUCCCUGGAGAAUACAGGUGUCUUUGCUAUGAAGGCUUCAUGACAUCCGAAGACAUGAAGACCUGCCUAGAUGUUAACGAAUGUGAACUGCAUCCAAACAUCUGCCUGAGCGGAAGCUGUGAGAAUACAAAAGGUUCUUUCAUCUGUCAUUGUGAAAUAGGUUAUUCUGGAAAGAAAGGGACCACAGGUUGCACAGAUAUAAAUGAGUGUGAAAUCGGCACUGACAACUGUGACCGGAACGCUAUUUGUACAAACACAGCUGGUAGCUUUAAAUGUGGCUGCAAACCAGGCUGGCUUGGAGAUGGGAUCAAGUGUGUAGAUCUGGAUGAAUGUGCCAAUGCCACACACCAGUGCAGUCCACAUGCGGAUUGCAAGAACACAGCGGGAUCAUAUCGUUGCUUAUGUAAAGAAGGCUAUACCGGGACUGGGUUUACCUGUACAGAUAUUGAUGAAUGUUCUGAAAAUGUCAACCUCUGUGAAAAUGGUCAGUGUCUAAACGCUCCUGGGGGUUACCGUUGUGAGUGUGAUAUGGGAUUUUUGCCAAGCAUCGAUGGAAAAGCUUGUGAAGAUAUUGAUGAGUGCUCCCUUUCCAACAUCUGCGUCUUUGGAACAUGUCACAAUCUUCCUGGCCUCUUCCGGUGUCAGUGUGAGACAGGAUACGAAUUGGACAGAAGUGGCGGGAACUGCACAGAUAUCAAUGAAUGUGCAGAUCCCACAACAUGUAUCAGUGGCACUUGCCUCAACAUCCCAGGCAGUUACACCUGUGAAUGUCCCCCAGAUUUUGAACUGAACCCAACUCGUGUUGGCUGUGUGGAUACACGCUCUGGCUACUGUUAUUUGGAAAUUAAACCUCGAGGAGAUAAUGGUGAUACAGCUUGCAGUAACGAAAUUGGCAUUGGUGUUUCCAAGGCUUCUUGCUGUUGUUCCCUUGGUAAAGCUUGGGGCAUUCCUUGUGAACAGUGUCCAGCUGUGAAUUCAACUGAUUACAAGCUAUUGUGUCCAGGAGGAGAAGGAUUUCGACCCAAUCCCAUUACUGUCAUUUUGGAAGAUAUUGAUGAGUGUCAAGAACUCCCUGGACUUUGUCAAGGAGGACAAUGCAUCAAUUCAUUUGGUAGCUUUCAGUGCCAGUGUCCAUCUGGGUACUAUUUGAAUGAAGAGACACGAGUAUGUGAUGAUGUUGAUGAAUGUGCCACCGGAAAUGGACAUUUGUGCAGAAAUGGCCAAUGUAUUAACACUGUUGGGUCUUUUGAAUGCCUUUGCAACGAGGGCUAUGAGAUGUCACCUGACAGAAGGCUUUGUAUUGAUAUCAAUGAGUGUGCACUAGAUCCUGGUAAAUGUGCUCCUGGUACAUGUCAGAAUCUGGAUGGAACUUAUAGGUGCAUCUGUCCUCCUGGAUAUGCCUUAGAAGAGGACAAGUGUAUUGAUAUUGAUGAAUGUAAAGAAGAAGCAGAUCUAUGUGUCUUGGGCACGUGUAGUAAUACUCUAGGUAGUUUUGUUUGCUUAUGCCCUGAAGGUUUUAUAGUGACCACUAAUGGACGAAGAUGUCAGGAUCUGAGGGUGAGCUACUGCUUCACUAAAUUUGAAGAUGGAAAAUGUUUGGUCCCCAAGUCCCGGAACCAUUCUAAGCAAGAAUGCUGUUGCAACAUGCAAGGGCAAGGAUGGGGCGAUCCCUGUGAACUUUGUCCAGAGGAAAAAGAUGAAGCUUAUAAGCAAAUUUGUCCAUUCGGAGUUGGCAUUCUGGUUGGUCCAGGAGGCGAGCGCAUUGACGCGGAUGAGUGUCAAGAUCCAGACAACUGUAAGAACGGACAGUGCAUCAACACCGAUGGCUCCUUCCGUUGUGAAUGUCCUUUUGGCUACCUGCUGCAAGGGUCUGAAUGUAUUGACAUUGAUGAAUGUGUCGUUGGAACUCCGUGUGGAAAUGGAACGUGUAAGAACAUCAUUGGAAGUUUUGAAUGCACUUGUGAAGAAGGUUUUGAGCCAGGACCCAUGGUGACAUGCGAAGAUGUGAACGAAUGCGCUCAGAAUCCUCUCCUCUGCGCCUUCCGAUGUGUGAACACCUAUGGCUCAUAUGAAUGCAAAUGUCCCGCAGGCUAUGUGCUCAGAGAAGACAAGCGAAUGUGCAAAGAUCAGAACGAAUGUGAAGAAGGAAUUCAUGACUGUGACUCAAAGCAAAUGACAUGUAAAAACCUGAUCGGUACAUAUAUGUGCAUAUGUGGUCCAGGAUUUCAGCGUAGACCAGAUGGUGAAGGUUGCAUAGAUGAAAAUGAGUGCCAAGUGAAACCUGGGUUGUGUGAAAACGGACGGUGUAUAAAUACGCACGGAAGCUACCGAUGUGAAUGUGAAGAUGGUUUCCUUGUCAACGAAGCCCAGAAUGAAUGUCUAGACAUCAGAGAAGGCUACUGCUUCACCGAAAUCUUACACAACAUGUGCCAGCUCGGAUCGAGCAGCAGGAAUCCGGUGACCAAAUCCGAGUGCUGCUGUGAUGGCGGGCGAGGAUGGGGCCCCAAUUGCGAGAUCUGCCCGUUCCAUGGCACCAUUGCAUUUAAGAAGCUUUGUCCAUACGGCCGUGGACUGACCACUACCGGAGAAGAUAUUGAUGAGUGCAAGGUGAUUUAUGACGUUUGUCGGAAUGGAGAGUGUGUCAAUGAGAGAGGAACGUACCAUUGCACCUGCAAGGAAGGCUACACCACCGAUGUAAUGGGCACACUUUGUAUAGAUCUGAAUGAGUGUAACCUGUCUCCAAAGCCUUGCAAUUUUAUUUGCAAAAAUACAGAGGGGAGCUAUCAGUGCUCGUGUCCGAAAGGAUACAUCUUGCAGGAAGAUGGCAGAAGCUGCAAAGAUCUUGAUGAAUGUGCAACCAAGCAACACAACUGCCAGUUUCUUUGUGUCAACACUAUUGGGGGCUUUACUUGUAAAUGUCCUUCUGGCUUUACUCAACACCAUUCAGCAUGCAUUGAUAACAAUGAAUGUGCCACUGACAUCAACCUUUGCGGAUCAAAGGGAGUUUGUCAAAAUACUCCUGGAAGUUUCAAAUGUGAAUGUCAGCGGGGCUUUUCCCUGGACCAGACUGGUGCUGCCUGCGAAGAUGUCGACGAGUGUGAUGGAAAUCACCGAUGCCAGCAUGGUUGCCAGAAUAUAAUUGGAGGAUACAGGUGUAGCUGCCCACAAGGGUAUCUCCAACAUUAUCAGUGGAACCAAUGUGUUGAUGAAAACGAAUGUCUCAGUUCUCACAUCUGCGGUGGAGCAUCUUGCCACAACACGUUGGGAAGUUACAAGUGCAUGUGCCCCACUGGAUAUAAUUUUGAACAGUUCAGUGGGCAAUGCCAGGAUGUAAAUGAGUGUGGGUCAUCACAAGCUCCGUGCAGCUACGGUUGCUCCAAUACAGAAGGUGGUUAUGUCUGCGGAUGCCCACCAGGGUACUUCCGAAUAGGACAAGGACACUGCGUGGCUGGAAUGGGGCUGGGGAAAGGUCAGAACCACGAACUACCAGUCAGCGGUGAAAUGGAUGAUAGCGCUCUUUCUCCAGAAGCCUGCUAUGAUUGUAAAAUCAAUGGCUAUCCGAAAAGGGGAAGGAAACGGCGAGGCCUGAAUGAAACCAACGCCCUGGAUACAGAGAGUCAGCUGGGGAUAGAGACAGCUGUCAAUCUGGCCAGCUGGGACCUUGAAAAACCAGCUGUCUUAUCUUACAACAUCUCCGACCUUAACAACAAGGAUCGCCUCUUGGAACUGAUCCCCGCUCUCACAACCCUGACAAACCACAACCGAUAUUUAGUAGACCACGGGAACGAAGACGGUUUCUUUAGGAUAAAUCAGAAAGAAGGCGUCAGCUACCUUCAUUUAGCUAAAAAGAAACCAGCGCCUGGAAUAUAUUCACUACAGAUCAGUAGCAUCCCACUCUACAAAAGGAAGGAACUCCUUCAAUUUGAAGAUAAGCAUGACCAAGACUACCUCAGUGGGGAGCUAGGAGACAGCCUGAGAAUGAGAAUUGAGAUUGUGCUUCAUUAAUUCACCCACCAGAGACCAAAAAUUAUGAAAGCCAAAGAUAGCUAGGGUGAGACUUGAAUGUUUUAUUCCUCAGUAAAAGUUCUCCAUAUCGCAGGAACGAGCUGUCAUGUAUUUCCCUUGGACACAUGAGCACUAUUCCAGUUUGAUGUAAGUAAAAGGUACAGGGAGGAAACCGUAGCUCACAACCAUCAUUUUUCUCAGGCUUCUUGUAAGUGUAGCUACUUUGGAGAUACUGAAUCUUGAAUUUCGGGACUGCUGUUGGAAGGUGGUCACAGAUGCCAAGCCAAUGUCUGAUCAGCACAGGUGCCAAGAGUUGCAAGACCACAAAUCCGUCAAUAGAGUCUUCUUCUUUUCUUCUUCUUUUCUUUUUAAAUCUUAAGAUCCGCUUCUCCAGCUACAUCUUACUAGGUCAGCCAUUUCUGUAAUCAAUUUGGUGCUAGAAACAAUGUCCAACCUAGAUUUUUAUAAAUGCACUGUAAUAUAUACACAAUUUAGAAGCCAAAGAAAUUGCCAUUACUCAGUCUUAACUACAUCAAUCAACCCCAAUUUAGCUCAGUAGUUUAUCUCAGUUAUAUCUAUAAUACAGUACAUGUAAAUUAAGGUGUGUGUAUACUGUAACCAUGCUAUUCUUAUCCAUGAAGCAUUUGUAAACUAGAAUAAUAAUACCCUUCAUGCAAGGGUUUAUAAUGGUGCUUAUAAGACCAACUACUUAACUGUGUACACAAACUUGGUGAUGAAAUUUUCUGUGACAAUCAUAAUGCACUGAGGUCAGCAAAGACCAUUCACAACUAACCCAGAGUCACUUGACACAGUGCCAUCCAGUUAUGCUGUGACAUAAUGUAACACAUGUCCAAUAAUACCUAUCUUGACUCAUAUCUACAGGGGUUCAAUGUCAAAAAGUCACAAUAAAACCAUUCUUUUUUUAGUUCAUUCCGUGGAUUCAUAUUCUUGCUAAACUUGCACCAGUCCAGGCAAUAUAUAUAUAUAUAUAUAUUUAUAUAUAUAUACAGGUAUGUUCAGGAAAAAAAAACUCUAUACUGGGAGAAAACUGGGACAUUAUGAUCUAUAGCCUACAUUUGACCCCUAUGCAUUUCUCUGUAGUCACAAUCUCCUAUUUUUUACAAAUCUUGAAUAGUCACUUUUAUACUUACAUUGAAAUAUAAUUAUUAAUAAAAGAGCUACAAAACCCACCCGGACAAUUCACAGUUUUUAGUUUGAUUGUGGGGUGAGAUUGAUUGAGAAAAAAAAGAACUUGGAAAUUCAAUCAUUGUAGAAACGUCUGUAGCCAUGCGUAGGAUGGAGUUUCUUGUAUUGAGGGAGAAAACAGAGAAACUCUUGUAACUAAAAUACAGCCACUAAUUGAGCAAAUUAAAAUUAAUUCUAAAUUGGAAAAUAAUGUGAUGCAUUCUCUUAUAAGCUGCAAUCCAACCUUUUCAAAGUUUUUGUUAAUGUUUUUGUCCAAAUUAACACGUUAAGAACUACCAUCGUAGUAUUCUAAUGUAUGAUCAAAUUAUUUCAAAACUGAUAUUAUCCAACCAGCUAAAAUGUCAGCUGUUGUAUUUCUGUUG